AGUCGGUCUGCAGUCAGUCGCAGUCGAUCAAUCGUUCAGACAGUCGGUCGCCGUACGCGUUUCAUCGUCGCAUCGCGAUAUCAUUAUUAUACAGUCGUUAUAUUAAAUAUAUUGUCGUCAGAGACACGCACACACAAUAUUAUAAAACGUCCUAUACAGACAAUUAAAAAAAAAAAAAAAAAAAAUCGUAUACAAUUUGCACGAAUUAUUACCGUCGUCGUCGUACACUGCGCUCGUGUCGCGCGUUCUCUCUCCGCCAAAGUGUGUUCUCUCGGGCACCCGUGUGUGUGUGUGUGCGUACGUGUGUAAGUGUGUACGGUCGCGUGUGCCGCCGUCGCAGUCGACCGCGUAUAUGAGUACGCUCGUCGCGUCCUGUUGUACGAGCACGUCUGUCGUGCUGAGCGCGUCAUCCGUACCGCUUGUCGCCGUCCGCGUGCGUAUCCUCCGCUUGACCUACAAUCCGCGUCCCGACUGCGCACCGCCGCCGCCGCCGUUGUCGACGAACGCACGACCGACGUCUCUCUAGUCCGCGAUCGUAUAUAUCCGUCACCGCGAAAGACGAACGGACGAGAAAAUAAAGUAUAUAAAACAUAAUUAAUAUCUUCACUCGGUCGAUAUACGCAAAAAUAUAAUAUUUUGUACGGCUCGCGACGAUAUUUUUCGCGCCGUUAUUUACGCCGCCCGCAAACGAUAAUAUUAUCAUAAAGGCGCGUACGGGAGAGCAGUGCGAAAACCGUCAUUAUAGUCGUCCACACGAGGCACCGUAGACGGCGAUGACGCCCUGAAGACGUCUUCGGAGUGUCACUGCCCGCCCAACGUACGGCGCAGGACGGGCCCCGUUCGAGGUCGUCGUUUUGAUCUUCGAUCGCAGCGACAGCGACAGCUAACACCGCAGCGGUUAACAGCGUCAACAGCGACAGGGCCGACAUGGUGGCGUCCGCCGACCGCCGCGAGAGCUUCGGCGUGGACAGCAGCCUGUUCCACCACCGCAAGUCGACGACGAAAAACACGACUGGCAGCAACAAACAGGGCAAGGAUGGCAAGCAGUCGUCCGACGUGGCCGUGUACACGAUAUCCGUGGUCGGCGGCUACGAGAACCAGGGCUUCAAGCGGGACGACCUGAUGCAGUCCGGCGACGGGGACCUGGCCAAGCCGCCGCUCGGCAACAUCAUGACCGACGGCGACGGCGACGACGACCAGACCAAGGGAAAGUUCAAAAUGUCGCCCAAGGAGAAGUGGCGGAUCCUGAAGAACGUGUCCACCAUCAGCCUGGCGUUCAUGGUGCAGUUCACCGCGUUCCAGGGCACGGCCAACCUGCAGAGUUCGAUCAACGCCCGCGAGGGCCUGGGCACCGUGUCCCUGUCCGCCAUCUACGCGGCCCUGGUGCUCAGCUGCAUAUUCGUGCCCACGUUCCUCAUCAAGCGGCUCACCGUCAAGUGGACCCUUUGCCUGUCCAUGCUGUGCUACAUACCGUACAUCGGUGCCCAGUUCUACCCGCGGUUCUACACGCUGGUGCCGGCCGGCGUGCUCGUGGGCCUGGGCGCCGCGCCCAUGUGGGCCGCGAAAGCCACGUACCUCACGCAGACCGGGGCCGUGUACGCCAAGCUCACCGAUCAACAGGUGGACGGUAUCGUCGUCCGGUUCUUCGGAUUCUUCUUUCUGGCUUGGCAGACGGCCGAGCUUUGGGGCAAUCUCAUCUCUUCGUUGGUAUUGUCUAGCGGUGCCCACGGUGGAGGUAGUGGCGACAACAGCACGAUGCUAUCGGAAGAGGAAUUGCGACUGUGCGGUUCAAAUUUUUGCGUGAUGGGAAACCACGCCAUCGACAACCUGGAAAGGCCGCCAGACUCGGAGAUAUUCGAGAUAAGCACCAUUUACCUCACGUGCAUCGUACUGGCCACCAUCAUAAUAGCCGUGUUCCUGGAUCCACUAUCCAGAUACGGAGAGAAACAGAGGCGUGCCGAUAGCCAAGAACUUUCUGGUAUUCAACUGUUGUCAGCCACGGCUUAUCAACUGAAAAAACCGUACCAACAACUCCUCAUACCGAUCACCAUAUGGAUUGGAAUGGAACAAGCGUUCAUCGGAGCCGAUUUCACGCAGGCAUAUGUGUCCUGCGCCCUAGGUAUUCCAUCGGUCGGGUACGUGAUGAUAUGCUUUGGUGUGGUCAAUGCAAUAUGCUCGCUACUGUUCGGCACCAUAAUGAAAUACAUCGGUAGACUGCCACUGAUGGCGCUGGGCUUCGUCGUCCAUUCGAUACUCAUAUGGAUCUUGAUUGUGUGGCGGCCUCAUCCCAACAACCCCAAACUGUUCUUCACUAUAUCAGGACUGUGGGGCGUCGGUGACGCCGUCUGGCAGACUCAAAUGAGCGGUAUCUACGGGACGCUGUUUAGGCGUAACAAGGAAGCGGCUUUCAGUAACUAUCGGCUGUGGGAGUCGGCCGGCUUCGUAGUGGCGUACGCGUACAGCACGCACCUGUGCGCCCGGAAGAAGUUGUACGUCAUGGGCGUCGUGCUGUUCGUCGGGUUCGUCGGGUACAUAAUCGUCGAAAUCCGGCACAGCGUCAAGGCCAGGCGGCUCAAACGGCUGGCCGACGACCCGAAGUCGGAGCCGCUGCCCGACGAGACCGUCAACGAGACCGACGACGAGAAGGACGACAUCGACGACGAGAUCAUCGUGACGCAUUUAUAAACAACGGACUUAAUCGGUGUGCUAUAUAUAAAAUAAACCAAGAUGCUCAGUUGCUAUGUUAUUAAACGUCUUCAUCACUUUUAAAAUAUAUUUAUUUUUACUAUAAAUUAUAUUUUGUAACGCAAAUACGUAUGGGAAUCUGUGUGAUGUAUUGAUUACACUAAUUACCAAUACUGUGUAAUUUAUUACUGCAUUUUGUACAUAGUAUUUAUACAGCUUCAUAAUUUGCAUAGAAAAUAUGUAUCAGUAAAAAAAAAAAAUUGUACAUUACUUUUACAAUAUUAUUAGCAUUAGUAUUAUUAUUAAAUAUCGACCCUUUUUUUUUUUUGUAGUGAAAGUGAUCUAGUUUUAACAUUAACUAUUACUAACUAUCCGUCAUAGAUGGUUUACGUUAAUUAUAUAUUAUGAUAAAAUGAGUUAAAUUAUUUAUAUGCCUAGUUAUAAGUAUUAAAGUAGAUAGAUACUUCGCGUAGUUAGUCAAUUAUUUUGUUUUCCUUUACAAAACACGUCCAAUAGUAUUAUUAUAAUAUAAUAUACAUAUUAUAUUAAAUAGAUAUAGAUUUAGAUAGUGUGUAAUUAAAAAUUGAAUAUUAUUGUUGUUACUUAUUAUUAUAAUUUUUGUGUAUGAUGUGUAUUUGAUACAUUUAGAUUUUAAUUCGCUCGACAGCUUAGGCAUAUAUCCUACAAUAUAUUAUAUUAUAUAAAACGAUAUAGACAAUAAAAAUAUAAUAUAUAGGUAUAUCCUCAUCAGCAGCAACUGUGAUGUGAUUUAUCUCGUAGAAAUGUGUAUAAAAACUAGAUUGUAUAAUAAAGACAAAAUAUAUAUUACGAAA